AUUAACCAAAUAAAGGUCAAAACAACAAAGCCUAAUCACAAAUUUACACUAGUGCGCAUAAUUUGCUCUUUCGUUUAUCUAGAAGAUAAAUUAGAAAAUUUCCGGCCAAUUGGCACCAUAAUUUGCACUUGGCAGAAGAAUUUCUCUCUUCCUCUGCAAAAAUGUUGAGUUAUUUUACAAAUCCGUUUCCCAACACUUCAAUCAGAAUCCCCCAUUUUCUCUCUCCUCGAACUGCCACUGCCAGUUCCAGUUCCAGUUCCAGUUCCAGGUUAAAAAUGUCAUCUUCUUCAUCAUUGAUGUCUCCUACCCCUGAGAAUCGCAUUGUUCUAGGAUGUGGAGGUGUAGUUGUGGACUUAUUAGCUGCUGUUGCUAGCUAUCCUAAGCCGGAUGAUAAGAUUAGGAGCACCAGUUUUCAGGUUCAAGGAGGCGGUAAUGCAGGGAAUGCUUUGACAUGUGCUGCUCGGCUGGGAUUAAAUACAAGGCUGAUAUCCAAGGUUGCUGAUGAUGCUCAAGGUAGAGGAAUACUAGAAGAGCUGGAAGCUGAUGGUGUUAAUACUUCUUUUUUAGUUGUCUCACCUGAGGGUAAUUCACCAUUUACCUAUAUCAUUGUCGACAAUGAAACGAAGACCCGCACUUGUAUUCAUACCCCUGGAUACCCCCCAAUGGUACCAGAAGAACUCUCCCGAUCAAGAUUAGAAUCUGCUUUAGAUGGAGCAGCGCUUGUAUAUUUUGAUGUUAGACUGCAUGAAACAGCUUUAGUAAUUGCAAAAGAGGCAACUCGUAGAAACAUCCCUAUUCUAGUAGAUGCAGAAAAGAAGAGAGACGGACUGGAUGAGCUUUUGAGUUUUGCCACAUAUGUGGUAUGCACUGCAAAAUUUCCACAGCAAUGGACAGAAGCGUCCUCUGUACCAGAAGCCCUUCUUUCCAUACUGUUGAGAUUACCAAAUGUUAAGUUUGUGAUUGUGACUCUUGGUGAAGAUGGAUGUGUCAUGAUUGAAAGAAGUUUAAACAAAACGUCAAAUUCAGAGGAAAUGCAUAUUGAUGAAGUUUUGGAAUCUCUGAAGCAAAAGGCCACCAAAGACUACACCACGCCAUCAUGUGUUUCAUCGUCAGUGAUGAUGUUGAAAGCCGAUGGGAUAGGGACACUAUGUGGGAGGCUACACGUGGGCACAGCUGAAAAGAUUCCCCCUUCAGAACUCGUUGAUACUACGGGUGCUGGAGAUGCAUUUAUUGGUGCAGUUCUUUACGCUUUAUGUGUGAAUAUGCCUCCGGAGAGGAUGUUGCCGUUUGCUGCACAAGUGGCGGCCUGUAGCUGUAGAGCUUUGGGAGCUCGGUCAGGUCUCCCCCAUCACUCUGAUACUCGUCUUGCACCAUUUUUACAAGAGGGUUCUGAAAUUGCAUAACAUGAGGUCAUUUGAAUGCAAAAUUGGUAUAUACCUUACAAGAAAAUUAGCUUUCAGUCCACAGCUGUAUAAUUCUGUGACAGCCCCAAGUUGGCAUUUCGAGUAAAUGACUUGUGUUAAUGCAUUGGCCGAUUUUGCAUGGUGGUCAUCUGUGCUGCUGUUUAACAGAAGAUUUAGGUAUUACUUGUAUUUGUGUGGAUCAUCAGAAACACUCUACUAAGUUGGUGGUUCUUGUUUCUUUUUCCUGUUUGUAAUGUAAUUGCGAUUUUGUUAAACCAUUGUAUCAUUAUCUGCAUGUCAUUCAUUUAAUAUAUCAUACUUUCUGUUA